CGAAAAAAUUCCAAUUCGCCCCCUCCGCGCCAAACCCAACUCCCUCGACCUUUUAACAAUCGCCAUUCCGCCCCCCCCCAACCCUUCCUCGCCUGAUCUCGAUUCGGAGCCCCCGCUCUUUGCUGUCGACUCCGAGGAAGGAUGUCCUCCUCUUCUUCGCACCCGCUGGACUCUGGAAUGAGGCACCACGCCUACAGCAGGAAGCAGAAAUCGCUCGGCCUCUUGUGCGCCAAUUUUGUGAGCUUGUAUGAUCGGGACGGCGUUGACUCGAUCGGCCUGGAUGACGCGGCUCGGCGGCUCGGCGUCGAGAGGCGGCGGAUCUAUGAUAUCGUAAACAUCAUGGAGAGCGUCGGGGUUCUUGCGAGGAAGGCCAAAAAUGCGUACUCCUGGAUCGGGUUUUCGGGGAUCCCAAAGGCAUUGGAUAGAUUGGAGGAUGAGGCACGAAGUGGAAUUACUCGCAGUGAAGGAUCUGGUUUCAAGGAGGAUUUGGAGGACGAACUAGACGAAAGUCCAGAUCUGUAUGCAGACGAAGGAGAUGAGAAACCAAGUCAAAUAAUUAAUUCUUCUUCUUUAUCGAGUGGUGCUUGCUGCAAAGCCAGAUCUGCGACAGCCAACAGAAGGGAGAAAUCCUUAGGCACGCUCACUGAGAAUUUUAUCAAGCUGUUUCUAACCACAGAUCGGGACACAAUUUCGCUUGAUGACGCUGCGAGGCUGCUGCUUGGUGCCAUCCAUGACGCAUCUUAUAUGAGAACCAAGAUCCGGCGUCUCUACGACAUAGCGAAUGUCCUGUCAUCUAUAAAUCUAAUUGAGAAGACGCAAGUUGAAGCACGGAAGCCAGCCUUUCGCUGGUUGGGAUUGAAGGAGGGUAAGAUGAAGGCAGAUAAUAAUGUUACAGUUGUUGCACCAGGUCCAAAGAAGCCGACGAAGAGAGCAUUUGGAACUGAGAUCACCAACGUGGACUCGAAGAAGAGCAGGCCAAAUUUAACAGCGGAUAAGAAACCGACCAAAGUUCAGACGAAAGAUGAGGAUCUGAACGAGGGUAAUCGCGUGGCCCUGAAGCACUUGGGAUCCAAGAGUGGGUACGCUUUCGGCCCUUUUCAUCCGAAUGGAGUGAUGAAACGGGGAGAUGAUGUUGAGGUGAAGUGCGGGAAAGGAGUUCAAGACUGGGAGAGCUUGGCUGCUUCCUUCCGCCCCCAGUAUCACAACCAAGCUUUGAGUGAACUGUUUGCACAUUACGUGGAGGCAUGGAAAACAUGGUACGUGGAGGCCACUAAAGGAAGCAGGAACCUGCAACAGCCUUUCAGUAAGCUCGUCACGAGUGAUCUAUUGUAGCAAAAUUGAUAUGAUCCUCCACUUCAUCUAUCUGCUUACUUUCACCAGUUAACCUGCGCAACAAUUUCUUCAUCGUAUAUGAACUGGCCUGAGACUGCUUUGGGUUCUAUGUAUUUUCUUCGUACAAGAACCCACAAAGGCUAUAGAUGAAAGAAAAAUACAGUUCAUGGGUUGAUUCUUGUCAACCAGCGCAUGUACUCAUCUCCGGUCCUUUUUAAUGUUACAUUUCAAAAAGAUUCUAUUUGGUUUAAAAGGUUAGCUUUCCACA